AUGCUAGUACAGGCAGAAGAUGUGCCUCCAAGUGCUGGAGAGGUGUUGCAUAGGCAGCAAACACAGGUGCGGGGAAAUCUGGUAGGACAUUUUGCUUUGGAGGUGAGCCUGCUGGAAAAUUACUGCCCGCGUGCAGUGACUGUGCGCCUGGGGUGGUGCAGAAGCAGUAUAAAAGCAGGCCCUUCUCCUCACUCUCUCAUCCACUUCUCUCGCCUCCAUCUCCUUGUGAACAAGGUGCACCUCCAGCCCCAAGCCAUGUCCUGCUACAGCCCGUGCAUGCCCUGCCGGCCCUGCGGCCCGACCCCGCUGGCCAACAGCUGCAACGAGCCCUGUGUCAGGCAGUGCCAGGACUCCAAUGUCUUCAUCCAGCCCUCCGCCGUGGUGGUGACCCUGCCCGGCCCCAUCCUCAGCUCCUUCCCGCAGAACACCGCCGUGGGCUCCUCCACCUCCGCUGCCGUUGGCAGCAUCCUCAGCUCUGAGGGAGUGCCCAUCAACUCCGGGGGCUUCAGCCUCUCUGGCUUGGGCAGCGGCAUUUGCGGCAGGAGGUGCUUCCCCUGCUAA